UCUUCGGGGAGACAAUGUUGCGACGAAGGAUCGUUGCUAUGACCAACGUCGAGUGCAUGAUCAUUCCGAAAUACUGGUUUCAGCUGAGGAGCAGGGCGCACAUCUGGGUGCAAAUAGCUCACUAUCUGUACACACAUAUACCGACCACCAAAGAUGUUUAUCUCGCGUUUUUGCGGCAGAGGAAGUGGAGGGCUUACAAGAAAGACCUUAUAACGUCGCUCUCUCCGAAGAUACCGUGCAACACCAUACACAACGUCCCGUACUCAGUUAGAAUUAUCGAGGAUUUCGAUUACGAAAGAAAAUAAAUAUUUUUUACUCAAUUCUCAUGAUAUUUCUCGAUUCAUUAUCUUCUUUAAUUCAUAUAAUUAUUUCA